AUGGGCUUGGAAGCUGGCCAACCACCUGCUACCAAUAUGAGAAAAAUGUAUUGGGAUUACGAGCUCGAGGAGAUGGCGGAAGUUUGGGCGAGGCAAUGUCAGAAGCGACACGAUGAAUGCAGAAAUACAAUUCGUUUUAAUGUGCUUCAGAACAUGGACGUAAGACCUGUUGUCCCGAGGGUCACAGAAGCACAAUUACUAGCAGAUGCGGUAGGUGCAUGGUAUUCGGGCUCAAGAGUAUUGCCUCCAGAGCAUGUCUGGUCUUUUAGACAAAGUAACUGUAGCGCUCCGGGAGGCUGUAACGCCCAUUGGUAUACGGCUGCGGCUUGGGCGUCAACUUGGCGAAUAGGCUGCUCCCAAGCUCUGUGCACUGUGAAAAAGAGGUCAUGUAUUCUAUACAGAAAACGACGAACACUUUUCCAAAAUGAAACAACCGAGGAAGAUUUCGGUAAUGUUACCAGAACCACGGUCAUGGAAAACAUCUUGAGACGUACCAGAUAUAUGACAUCAGCGGCUUCUACGCGAUUGGAAGAUUUUGGUACAACGAUUAAUUCAGGAAACGAGUCUCCUUUGCAUCGUGGUAUUUUGGAGAAUGCAAAAAAAGAAAAAUCACGUCGUAUUCCGAAAAUUGCUGCUUUUACAAUUUGUAACUAUGGGCCAGCUGGUAAUAUUGAUGGUUUUCCUAUUUACGAGACUGGACUAACGUGUUCUAAUUGCCCUCAAGGCACGCAAUGUGGUGACCGGACACACAGAGGAUUAUGCUCCGUGAAUGGUGAUCCCGAUAUAAAGUUUUCAUAA